AUGGGAAAGUGCGCCUUUGUUACUGUAGGUACAACCCAAUUUGAUCAAUUAAUUGAGACUAUUGUUCAUGAUUCCAAUGUACUUCAGACACUUGUUGAUUGUCUACAUGUUGAUAAACUAAUUUUACAAAUAGAUUCAAUUGAAAAUGAUAUACAACAAGCUGAUAUUGUUAUUAGUCAUGCUGGUGCAGGUACAAUUUUACAAACACUUGAAAUUCAUAAACCAUUAUUAGUUGUUGUUAAUGAAAAACUUAUGAAUAAUCAUCAAUUAGAAAUAGCUCAUGAAAUGGAACAACAAGGUUAUUUAUUUCAUUGUACUUGUUCAACAUUAGCAACAGCAUUAAAAAAAUUUGUUAAUCAUGAAUUUAAACAAUAUGAAAAAGGCAAUCCAUUGUUGUUUGGUCAAUAUCUAGAUCAAAUAAUGUCUUAA